GACAAAUAUAUUUUUAAGUAUUAUCUUUAAAAUUUAAUCUUGUCCUUUAUUCGAAUUAUUUCUUUUGUAUUUAUAAGACUACUUGAAAUUACCGAAAUAUGGAUACAGUUGUGAAAAGUAUGUUAGAUGAAGACCCCGAAGAAGAAAAAAGGGGUUUAACAUUAUUUGGAAGAGAUGUAUCAAAAAUUCCAUGCUUUAGAGAGAGUUUCCUUUAUGGAAUAGCAUCAGGAAUUGGCGUGGGACUAGCUUCAUUUUUGAAAACAUCAAAACCUCUUAUGUCUCAGCAUAUUGGUGUUGGCACAUUUGCCAUAAGUACGUUAGUUACUUGGUCAUACUGUAGAUAUCAAUGGUCAAAGCAAAAAUUUGAUGCUCAGUUAAUGCAAGAAGCUCUUAGAGAUAAAAUCAGAUAUGAGGGUUCAGCUGUGGAGAAAGAAUUAGAAAGAAAGGGUGUUUUAAAGUCAGCAUAAAGUUACAAAGAAAAUCUAGUUGUUAUUACAAACCGUAAAUUGUACAUACAUUAAAAAAAACUUGCAGUUAGAUGUUAAUAUUGCUAUUUGUUGAAAAAACUUGAUGAAAGUAACGAAAAUAAAAAUCUUAAGAUUAUUAAAAAAACUGGAUUAAAAAGUACUUAUAUUUGGAUGAAGUGAAAUAAAUAAAUUUCUAUUGUAUAUAGUCAUUAAGGAAAAGUGUUUCUUUCCUUAAACUGUAUUAAUUUUUAUAAAUCAGUCAAAUCACAAUAAACAUUUAUAUGAAUACUCUUGUUUAUAUUAAAUAAGAUAAUCUUUUAAUUGGAAUGUAAAAUGAUGAUAUUUUAUUUGAUUAACUUCUAUAAUAAUAAAUAAAACUUUCAUUAAGUAGGUAAUAAAAGGUAUCAACUACCAUGUAGACACUGUAUAUAUGUUAUGUAUUUAUAGGGUAGUAUGCUUAUUAUGCAUAAUAAAAGCU